AUGGCAUCGCGGGGAAAGAAGCAGCCAUGCAAUGUAUCUUUCCGACUCACCUACGCAUCAUCAGCGGCUGCUGCUGAGAGUGAUGACGUCAAAAAGACAAUUGACUAUGGCAAGCUAUUCAAGCGAUUGGAUGCAGAGCUUGACGGUCUGGUCUCAGACAACAGCUCAGAGGUAGCUCGUGGAUGCGGUGUUCUGCGGGCAGAUGGAGAGGACUUGCAUGAACACCUGCGCGGAGAAGUUGGCCAAGACGUUAGGUUGGCCGCAGCGCUGAUAGCUAAAUGUGGCAUGAAGCAAUUGGAAGAAACCGCGUCAAACACUUCGAGCGAUCCAUCCUCCGCAGUUCGGGGAGACUUUGGUGAAUUUGAAGUAGAGCUUCGCCUUCCCAAGGCCGUCCUGCGUGCGGAUGGAGGUCUCUAUUAUCGCGGUAAGUCUGCAUUGGCUGUGGUCAAGGGGGAAACGUCUCCGUCCGCCGAGAAAAGGCUCGCCAUCCUCGAGGAGGAAUUCAAGAUAGAAAAUAUUCGAUGCUAUUGUAUUUUGGGAAUUAACCCGUGGGAACGACUUGAGAAGCAAGCCGUCCAUAUCUCUCUGACAUUCAACGGCCCUGCACUACAACAAUGGGGCUCAAAGUUUGUUGAUACCUAUCAGCAAUUAACAUUGGAGGUAGCAGAGCGUGUGGAAUCUUCAUCUUUCGGUAGCGUGGAAUCUCUUGCGUCGCUCAUUGCUCGGAUUGUGGUUGUUGAGUUUGAGCACGAGAAAGUCACUGUACUAGUACAGAAACCAAGUGCUUUGGCAUUUGUUGAAGGCUCGGGUCUAGAAAUCACUCGUUCCCGUGAUUUCUUCCAGUAG